UCCGCCAGGGAAACAGCCGUUGACCAUGGUUGCAACCGGCAGUUUGAGCAGUAAGAACUCGGCCAGUAUUUCCGAGUUGCCGGACAAUGGCUUCCACUCAGGAAGCCUGCUAAGUGAUUUUGACUACUGGGAUUAUGUUGUUCCUGAACCCAACCUCAGUGAGGUGAUAUUUGAGGAGACAACUUGCCAGAGUUUGGUUAAAAUGCUGGAAAACUGUCUGUCCAAAUCAAAGCAAACCAAACUUGGUUGCUCAAAGGUUCUUGUUCCUGAAAAACUGACCCAGAAAAUUGCUCAAGAUGUCCUGCGGCUUUGCUCCACUGAGCCCUGUGGCCUGAGAGGUUGUGUUAUACACGUGAACUUGGAAAUUGAAAAUGUAUGUAAAAAGCUGGAUAAGAUUGUGUGUGAUUCUAGUGUGGUGCCUACUUUUGAGCUAACUCUGGUGUUUAAGCAGGAAAACUGCGCGUGGACUAGCUUCAGGGAUUUUUUCUUUCGCAGAGCUCGUUUCUCAUCUGGCCUCAGGAGAACUCUGAUACUCAGCUCAGGAUUUCGACUUGUUAAGAAGAGGCUUUACUCAUUGAUUGGAACAACAGUCAUUGAAGAGUGUUAA